AUCACUGGAGAGGUCCACUGACGCAUGCGCAGUAACAUGUAAACACAGCCGUAAGGGCUGCCGGUGCUUGCUAAUGGCGUGUUUUCGCGAUUGCGUUUAAAAAAAAAUAAAUCUUUUUAAUUCGCCCCUAGUUCCUCCGUCGUGUAGGAAUUGAAAAGUUAUAUGGAAAUCCGUUCAAAGCGUAUUUCAGUAUAUAAAUUUUAGGUAGCUACCUUUUCCGUAUUAGCGUUACGUUGUUAGCUUAAUGUCGGUGACACACUGUUAAAGUUAAUAUACACCAUUUAUCCAUUACGUGAUGUAAAGUACUUGUGAAGCGUGCAAAUAUACAUUCUAUUAUUUCCCGUAUGUAGUUGCAAUGGCUAAUGUCAUCAUUUAAAAGCCACUUAUCCACCGGUAUUAGGUAAGCUUGUUGUCAAAUGAAGGCUACCUGCUAACGACUUUCUUGGACGUGUUGAGAGAUUGUCAGAGGAAUUAAUCGACAUUGAUGCAUAUAUGGUCAUCACAUGUUGACUGAAAGCAGGAAAAGGCAACACAGUUGUGGUGAUGAGCGUGGCCACCUGGUUCCCCAAGCCAAGAGGCAGAAGAACCAAACUCACCCGCUCUCGCCUGAGCCGGGACGGGAUGCCUGGGACUCUGAGUCUUCGAACAGCUCCAGCGGCCUCGGCACUCCUGAGCACGCCUCCGCCAGCUCCAGCGGCAGCCGCUGCGCCGCGGGCCCUUGCAGCCCCCUCAGCACGGGCGACUCGUGCGACCCGCCCGCCUCCUACCUGCACAUCAACCGCAUCCUGAGGGAAGCGCACUUCCAGAGCCUGCACAGCCGCUGCCAAGCGCGGGAGACGCAUCAGUGACCUCUCUCGAUAGUUCCUGGUCAGGUAUCGGGGCGGGAGAAGAAUCGGCAAUAAUUUAAGAACUGGGAGAAAAAAUAUAACGCUCGGAUCGGACGGGAGCUGCCAAAAUGACAAGUUUAUGACCAGUCGCUUUUGAGUCAUUUAGGAUGUUAGGGUGGUUCUAAGGUCUCAGGAAUUUCUCCAUCAUUGUUUAAAAAAGUGACGAAAAGUCCCAUUUCGCACCUUUGUUAGCUAGUUCAGUUGGCCGCUACUUUCUACUCGGUGAUGACGAACAAGUACUAAACAAGUAAAACUACUCAAUGCGGCUCCUGAUGUGUUCCUGUGCCUGUCCUUUCAUGUGCACUGAUCAUCCCAAAAGCCAGGACUUUCUUUCUUACAAUAUUCCCCCCUCCCCAUCUUGUAUUUAGUACUGUAGAUGACAUUGACACUCUUGUAAAUCACUUGAAAAUAAAAAUGGUUUUUUUUUUUGGUA